AUGACCUCUCUCAGUGCUGCCAACACUAAAUUUUGCUUGGAUCUUUUCAAAAAGCUGAGCGCGCAAAAUGCUGGAGGAAAUGUCUUCUUCUCCCCCAUGAGCAUUUCAGCAUCUCUGGCCAUGGUCAUGCUUGGUGCAAGAGGGAACACGAAAGUUCAAAUGGAAAAGGUACUUCAUUUCAACGAGAUCAGAACCUCAGGAUAUGGAGACUUCCCUGAAACGAGGCCUCCUCCAGACCACAGUGCAAAACAGCCGAUGGCUGCAGAAUUGCAGUGUGAUCGACCUGAAAGUGUUCAUUCCCAGUUCCAGGAAUUACUAUCACAAAUCAACAAACCCACCAACAACUAUGAAUUAACUAUUGCCAAUAGACUGUUUGGAGCAAUGGGUUUUGAAUUCAUUCAGCAAUAUGUACACAGCACUAAGGAAUUAUACCAUUCUGAGCUCAAAAGAGUUGACUUUUUGAAUGCAACUGAAGAAGCCAGAGAAACUAUUAAUUCAUGGGUUGAAUGUCAAACAAAAGGCAAAAUCCAGGAUCUUUUCCCCUGCGGUGCUCUUGACCCGUCAGCUGUCCUGGUGUUAGUGAAUGCCAUAUAUUUCAAAGGAAAGUGGUUGUCCAGGUUUAGGGAAGAAUACACCAAAGAAUUGCCUUUUUGGCUGAAUAAGAAAAAGAGCAAAAAAGUGCCAAUGAUGUUUCAGACUGGGAAUUUUAAAUUGGCCAGAAUUCAAGACCCUCAGGUUCAAGUUCUUGAACUUCCUUAUGAGGGUGAAGAGCUAAGCAUGAUUAUCAUGCUCCCUGAGGAUGACGCUAGUCUGGAACAGCUGGCAAGUUCUCUUACCUACAAGAAAAUUGAAGAGUGGACCAGUUCGUCAAAUAUGUACCCUAUGCUGGUGAAUGUGUAUCUUCCCAGAUUUAAACGAGAAAAGAGAUAUGAACUUGAGACAGUUUUGCAGUCAAUGGGAAUGAAAGAUGCUUUUGCAAGAGGAAAAAGUAAUUUCACUGGGAUAUCUGAGAACAUGGGGCUGUUUGUAUCCAACGUCACUCACAAGUCCUUUGUAGAAAUCAAUGAAAAGGGCACAGAAGCCGCUGCUUCCACUGGGGUACAGGUAGCUCCAAUGUGUGCGCAGUUUCCAGUGGAAUUUAAGGCAGAUCACCCAUUCAUCUUCUAUAUUACAGAUAAGGCAACGAAGAGCAUUAUCUUCUUUGGUAGCUAUUCAUCACCUUAA